GGGCGACCGUUGGCGCUGAGGGAAGCAGACGCGGACCGGUAGGCGGGCGGGCGGACAGACAGACAGCUGUUCCCAUUGGAGCCUCUUUCCCGGUUGGCGGAUUGGCGUGAGGUGAAUUGUAUGCUGAUGCUUUUAUGCCCAGCCGCUUUGGUAAUAGCAGUGGCAGCGUCUUUCUUCUGUGCUUGGACCCCAUUGAUCCCCCCUUUGAGGCCAUGGACAGCCAAGCUCCAAUGCUGCCUCUGAUUGAGCAGAAGGCCAACGUGGAGAAGGAGGCCCCGGUCCUGCUGAAAGGUGCCUCCCGGCUCCCUGUCCCAGGCCUGCGCCCCAAGCGCCCGGCCACCUGUGAGAACGAACCCCCCGAGCCCCCUCAGAAACGCUUUCGGGGGGCUGCCCCCACCACUAAGAGGGAAGCCAUGACGGUGGCCAACUCCCGUCUAAGGCCCCGUCCGGUUGCCCCAGUGCAGCGCAACCCCCUUGGGGGGGCAGGCCGACGCCAGUCAUCCUCGCGGCCAGGAGGAGGAGGUACUGCAGCUCCCACUGCAGCAGCAACCCGCCGGGCAGGAUCAGCAGCGCCUCCCAAACCAGCCACCUUUUCUGCUUCCUCAGCUGCCACUACUGCCACCGGUCUGUGCGGAGUGGGAGAGAGGAAGAGGGCCCCCUGGGACCUGAAGGGGCAGAUCAGCGAUCUCCGGGCCAAGAUGACCGCCUACAAAGAGAAGCUGCAGGGACUGAGCGGGGAGAACGAGGCCUUCCGGCUCCAGGAGGCCGAGCUGCAGGCAGCGCUGGACAAGGAGACCGCCCAGGUGGAGGAGCUCAGCAGAAGGGUCAGUGUGUUGGUUCCGGAGCUGCAGGCCAGCCAGGAGGAGGCCAGGGAGAGCAGUCGGAAGAUCGCUGAGCUGGUGGCCAAGGAGCGGGAACUGGAGCAGGUCGUCCAGAACCAGGCCCUGGACAUACUGAAACUGGAAGCGGUCAGCCGGGAAGCCAAAGAGGCCAACGUGGAGCUGACAUCUCAAUUAGCGGGCAGAGAGUUGGAGUUUUCACGGGUGGAGGCGGCCCUGGCCCAGCGGACGGAAGAGAAGGAGGCCCUGGAAGCUCGUGUGGCGGAAAUCGAGCAGAAGCUGCACGAGUCAGAAAUGGAGCGCCGGCAGUUGCACAACACCAUCCAGGAGCUGAAGGGCAACAUCCGGGUCUUCUGCCGCGUGCGCCCGUUGCUGCCCUCCGAGAGGGAAUUCCAGAAGGGCAUGAGACAUCUCCACUUCCCGUCUGAAGAUCGGAAGAGCCUCGUCCUCUCCAAGGCGGAGGAGUCCCACGUUGGCCGGGAGCGCAAGGAGGACACAACCUAUGAGUUCCACUUUGAUCGGGUCUUCCCUCCCUCCAGCUCCCAGGCGGAGGUCUUCGAGGAGAUCUCCUUGCUAGUGCAAUCCGCCCUGGAUGGCUACCACGUUUGCAUCUUUGCCUAUGGCCAGACAGGGAGCGGGAAGACCUACACCAUGGAGGGCCCCGAGGAGAUGGAGACCCAGGCCGCCGGCAUGAUCCCCCGAGCCGUGCGUCAGAUCUUCCAGGCCGCCAAGGAGAUGGAGGACAAGGGCUGGAAGUACCAUUUCACAGCCAACUUCCUCGAAAUCUACAACGAGUCCUUGCGGGACCUGCUGGUGCUGCGGCCGGAGCAGAGCCCAGAGCUGGAGAUCCGGAGGGUCAGCCAGCGCACGGAGGAGCUCCACGUGCCCAACCUCAGCUACGUCCAGGUCACCUCGGAGCAGGAGGUGCUGAGGCUGCUCCAGCGAGCCAAGACCCACCGCUCUGUGGCCCGGACCAACCUGAACGAGCACUCCUCCCGCAGCCACAGCCUUUUCCAGCUCCGCAUCGAGGGCCACCACGCUGCCCGGGAGCUCCACACCUCCUCGGUGCUGAGCCUGGUGGACCUGGCCGGGAGUGAGCGGCUGGACAAAUCCCUCUCAACGGGGGAGCGCCUCAAGGAGACGCAGGCCAUCAACAGCAGCCUCUCCAACCUGGGACUGGUCAUCAUGGCCCUCAGCAACAAGGAAGCCCAUAUUCCCUACCGGAACAGUAAGCUGACCUACCUGCUGCAGAACUCCCUGGGAGGCAGCUCCAAGAUGCUCAUGUUCGUCAACAUCUCCCCUUUGGAGGAGAAUUUUGGGGAGUCCCUCAGCUCCCUCCGAUUUGCCAGGAAAGUGAACGAGUGCGUCAUCGGGACGGCAUCGGCCAACAGGAAAUGAGGUCUGGGUGACGGAUGGAGGGACAGAAAGAAGGAUGGUGUUUUUGGCCAGAAGGAGGGCUUCAGGGUCCGUGACCGGGGGGGGGGGGGGGGUGUGACGCCCCCUCCCCAGUUUUUUCUUUCUUAUUCCCUUUCUCUGAUGAAGGAGGUUUGCUUUUUUACUUUCUUACUCUGUUUUACAAACAAAUGUUAUUGAACUUUGUGAAUAAAGGUGGGCAGUGGAUGCUCCGUUCUUGCA